CAGUGUGGAUAAGAGAAAGAAAUAGAGAGAGGAGAGGAGAGGAGAGGAGAGGAGGGAAAAUGGGACUUGUUACAGUCGGAGAAGUGAAGCCAGCUUUCACAGGAAAGAGAGGGUUCCGUCUCAAUUCAAGCAUCAGGCAUGCCUCUGAAUGGCCGAUAUCCGAUGUCUCUAGUGAUCUUACAGUUCAAGUUGGAUCUUCAAGUUUCUGUCUCCAUAAGUUUCCUCUUGUGUCUCGGAGUGGGAAAAUCCGAAAGCUUCUGGCGGAUCCAAAAGUCUCUAAUAUUUGUCUCCCCAAUACUCCUGGCGGAUCUGAGGCUUUUGAACUCGCAGCUAAGUUCUGCUAUGGAAUCAACAUUGAAAUCAACCUUCUUAACAUAGCUAAGCUCCGUUGUGCAUCUCAUUAUCUUGAGAUGACAGAGGAUUUCUCAGAGGAGAAUCUCGCUACCAAAACAGAACUUUUCUUCAAAGAGACAAUCUUCCCCAGUAUUUCUAAUUCCAUCAUCGUUCUACAUCAUUGCGAAACCCUAAUCCCAGUUUCCGAAGAUCUCAACUUGGUGAAUCGGUUAAUCGUAGCUAUUGCCAACAAUGCCUGCAAAGAACAGCUAACCUCGGGUCUUUUAAAGCUUGAUUAUACGUUCUCGGGUACGAAUAUGGAACCAGAAACUCCAUUAGACUGGUGGGGCAAGUCGUUAGCUGUUCUAAAUCUUGAUUUCUUCCAGAGAGUUGUCUCUGCGGUUAAGUCUAAAGGGUUAAGACAAGACGUGAUCAGCAAGAUUCUGAUAAGUUACACGAAUAAGUCUCUUCAAGGGCUAAUCGUUAGAGAUCCGAAACUGGGGAAAGAAAGGGUUCUUGAUGUGGAAUGUAAGAAGAAACAGCGACUGAUUGUGGAAACAAUAGUGAGGUUACUUCCAACACAAGGAAGAAGAAGCUCUGUUCCAAUGGCGUUCCUUUCAAGUCUUCUCAAAAUGGUAAUCGCAACAUCAUCAUCCGCUUCUUCAGGAUCCUGUAGAUCAGAUUUAGAACGAAGGAUCGGUCUGCAAUUGGACCAAGCCAUCCUCGAAGACGUCUUGAUUCCCAUAAAUCCCAACGGAAUCAACAGCACCAUGUACGACAUCGAUUCUAUCUUGAGAAUCUUCUCUAUAUUCUUGAACCUCGAUGAAGACGAUGAUGAAGAAGAACAACGUCAUCAUCUUCAAUUUAGAGACGAAACAGAGAUGAUCUACGAUUUCGACAGUCCCGGGUCUCCAAAACAGAGCUCAAUCUUAAAAGUAUCGAAGCUAAUGGAUAACUAUCUAGCAGAGAUAGCUAUGGAUCCAAAUCUCACGACCUCGAAGUUUAUAGCUUUAGCAGAACUCUUACCAGACCAUGCUCGUAUCAUCAGUGAUGGACUCUAUCGAGCCGUUGACAUUUACCUCAAAGUUCAUCCGAAUAUAAAGGAUUCAGAGCGUUACCGUCUCUGUAAGACGAUAGAUUCACAGAAACUAUCACAAGAAGCUUGUAGCCAUGCGGCUCAAAACGAGAGAUUACCUGUACAAAUGGCCGUACAAGUGUUGUACUUUGAGCAGAUCAGACUCAGAAACGCAAUGAGCAGCAGCAUUGGUCCUACUCAGUUUCUAUUCAGCAGCAACUGCCAUCAGUUUCCUCAACGGUCAGGAAGUGGAGCAGGGAGUGGAGCGAUAUCUCCAAGAGAUAACUAUGCGUCGGUGAGGAGAGAAAACAGAGAGCUAAAGCUUGAGGUUGCGAGGAUGAGGAUGAGAUUAACGGAUCUAGAGAAAGAUCACAUCUCGAUCAAACAAGAACUCGUGAAAUCUAAUCCAGGGACUAAGCUUUUCAAGUCGUUUGCUAAAAAGAUAAGCAAACUCAAUUCUCUUUUCAGUUUUAGUAGUCUUAAACCUUCCUUCAGUGGCAAGGCAAGUUCUGAGAGUCGUUUCUUGUUUCAGAGAAAAAGACGACACUCAGUUUCUUGAUUUUUAAAGAAAACAUAGAAUCUUCAGAUUUCAGUCUUUUUUUAUUCACUUUGUAUAGUGAAUGGGUUUUUAUGCUGGGGAGUUUGAUAAGAGAUUGUGUGUGUAUGUAUAGCUUUAUACAGUUGUGUUUGUGAAAUGUGAGGGAUGGUGUUUUGUCCGGUCUUUACUAAAGAUUUGUAACAAAAAGAAUGUGCAUG